GAUGAUGAUGAUGAUGAUGAAGAUGAUGAAGCCUCACAGUAGAAGCAGUCAACCGGUGGUGAAGCGGGUGUUUUUCUGACCUCGGAUAAUUGUCUGUAGUGACAGACGCUGACGAACUGAGGGACAAACGACGCCACCCUCAAAAACCUUGACCACGCCACAGCUGCUGUAACUCGGUGUCACAGGAAACGCAGCAGGAAGAGGGCGUUCCCGUCACGCUGUCACUCAGUCUGAGACUGUUAGAAGAAAAAGUACCUCCUCCAGGAGAAGAUGGCGCUGUAGAGUGGAGCUCUUCUCUCUGAAGAUGAUCAGUGAACACAAUCUCGUGCAUCAUCAGACUCUCUGUCGGACGAGGACGCACAUUCCGGCCCAGUCCGGCCCGGCCCAGCCCGGAUCUCCUCCCGCUCCUGUAGCGCCUUCUCCGUCCUCGCGCUCUGGUUCCGGUCGUCCUUCUGAUUUCGCUCCUGCAGACGUGAAUCCGUGUCAGUCCGAGUUCAUGCCGGAUUUCGAGCACUUCAGAUUUUCCUACUCGAGAAUGAAUCCGUUCCUGGGGGAGAGCGGGUUUCUGGCCCCGCAGCCGCCGCAGCAGCACCUGCACCACGUGACGGGUCAGACCGACUUCGCCAUCCCGGAGUCCGCUUACUUACUUGGGGACCACACCGGGUUCGGGCCUGACGGGUUUCCCGGGCUAGACUUGGGCGCCCUGCCCCCGUCAGGCCUCGCUUACCUGCCGCCGCCGCACCACCGCGCGCCACCCGCGGCAACUGCGCUGCGCAACGACCUGGGCUCGAACAUCAGCGUCCUGAAGACCCUGAACCUGCGCUUCCGCUGCUUCCUGGCCAAAGUGCACGAGCUGGAGCGCAGGAACAAAGUCCUGGAGAAGCAGCUGCAGCAGGCGGUGGAGGAGAGCGGCGCCGGGGAUGGACACCAGAGGGCGCCCACCAAAGACAUGGGCGUCCAGACCGGGUUUAUCGGGCCUACUGCCUCCAGACCUGGCUUCAUCCCGCUCCACAACUUCAACAACUCCGCCUACCUGGCCGGCGGCCUCCUGUCCCCAACCCUGAACUUUGACAACAAACACCUUCACCCUCUCACUCUGUCCACGGACUCAAACUUCAACCUGUCCCUCAGUCCGACUCUGAGUCCCUGUGACCCGACCAGAACCUUCAACAUCAAUGACGCCGGGACGAACGCCGGCAGCAGCUCCGGUCCACCGUCCCGGUUCUGGUCCUUCAACCAGUCCCGCAGGUUCAGCACCGGCAGGGAGUCCAGACCCGGAGUCUCCUGGUCUCAGCCGGAUGGGGUCGGGGUCCAGAUCGACACCAUCACACCGGAGAUCAGGGCCUUGUACAACGUUCUGUCCAAAGUGAAGAGGGAGCGAGACGAGUACAAGAGGAGGUGGGAGGAGGAGUACGAGGCCAGAGUGGAUCUGCAGGAGAAAGUGUCAGAACUGGAGGAGGACCUGCAGGACAGUGAAGUGUGUCAGGAUGAGUUGUCUCUGCGUGUCAAGCAGCUGAAAGCCGAGCUCGUUCUCUUCAAAGGCCUCGUCAGUAACAGUCACUGGAACGUCUCUGACCUGGAGACAAAGAUCCAGGAGAAGGCGAUGAAGGUGGACAUGGACAUCUGCCGCCGCAUCGACAUCACGGCGAGACUCUGCGACGUCGCCCAGCAACGGAACUGCGAGGACAUGAUCCACAUGUUCCCGGUGGCCACACCCCCUUCCACACUGAACCGCCCUGUCAGGAAACAGAGCGGACCGUCGGCAAAGGGCGAGGACGGAGAAGAGAUGUCGGAGAGUGAGGGGGGCGGAGCCAAAGAGGAGGAGUCGUGCAGCUCUUCAGCCAAUCAGAUCAACGAGCAGAUGCAGAAGAUGCUGAAUCAGCUCAGAGAGUGUGAGUUUGAGGACGACUGUGACAGUUUGGCCUGGGAGGAAACUGAAGAGACUCUUCUGCUGUGGGAGGAUUUUUCUGGAUACACAGUGGGUGUGGAAACACAGGGAGAGCUGCAGCAGGACGAGUCCAUAGAGGAAGUGAUCAAAGACACUGAGUGUUUAUUUAAAUCCAGAGAGAAAGAAUAUCAGGAAACCAUCGACCAGAUCGAGCUUGAAUUGGCGACGGCCAAGAGCGACAUGAACCGUCACCUGCACGAGUACAUGGAGAUGUGUUCAAUGAAGAGAGGACUGGACGUCCAGAUGGAGACAUGCAGGAGACUCAUCACACAGAGCGGAGACAGGAAGUCCACGUCACUCAUGACGGUGGACGACACAGACGGUGACGACAGGAAGAAGCCGGCUCUGCCCGCCGACGCCGAGAGCAGCGACUCGUGCUGCGACGCCAACGCUGCCGUUCCUCCACUGACCUGGAGGAAACCCUGACACACACACACACAACGCUGAUGCUCUGACAUCACUCUGAAGCUCCUCCCCUCGCACCGCUCUUCGUGUGAAACUACAAAGAGUCCUCGACUUCGUAGAAUCAGCUAAAGGUCAAAUGUGUUUCUCUAAAAACUGCAGGACUGAAAAAUAUAUAUUUUGCGUGAGAGUCAAAGAAUGAGGUGAUAUGUGAUUUUAUCACGUCGCACGAUAAUCAAUCACUCAGUUAUUUCAUUUAUACGCUGAAUUUUAAUGUUAUCAUGAUAUUUGUUAAUGGAGGAAAAAAAGGAUAAUAUUUCAUGUGUCUCGCUCACCAACAUACAGAGAGAGUCGUAUAUUUUCAAGUGCCACAAGGGGGCGCCUGUGUCGCCCUGGUCAUUCCAUGUCCCUGCGAUUUAUAGCAAACUCAUUUACUCUUAUUUUUCAUUUUUUUAUCGCAAUAAUAUCGUGAACAUUUUUGUUAUAUUAUUAUUAUUUUAGGUUGAACUGUUAUUAGACAAAGACUGAUGAAAAGACUUCACCGUGUUUUAGAAUAUUCUAAGAGGCUUAAACAUAUUUUUUAUCAUGAAUUCGAUAACAUCUUGAAUUUAAAUCGUUUUGGUCCAGAUAAAUAAUGUCUGCAAAUGUUUCAGCAGUAAUUUCUUUAAAAGUUUGAGCACAGAGAGCGAAAUAAAUAAAAAUGCACAAACGUUUGCACACGAGAAAAUGUUCCGUUUUAUUCUCUGAACUGUUUAUUUCAUAUUUACUUACAAGCACUUUAUUGCUAUUGUAUAUGUGAGGUUUGAGCAAAAUAUUAUAAAACUGAAAUUUGCCUUAAAUAUACAGUACAUAUAUAUAU